AUGACCAUUAACAUAGUUGAGUCAGUGAACAAUUUGAUACGAAAGGUAAGAGAGUACCCUAUUAUUGCUAUGACCGAUUUUAUCAUAAGCACGAUGGGACAAUGGUUCCUUGAACGUCGACGGGAAGCAUAUGGAGUGACAACUCCAUUGACACCGAGGAGGGAAGCAAUAUUACGUAAAAGAUGGGAUGAAGUCGGUUCAUUGAUAACUCUCCAGUUAAACGAGAAUGAGUACAAUGUGAUGUGUGGAGAACUCGAUGCAAUAGUAAAUUUAAGGUCAAAGAGUUGCACAUGCAAAGUAUUCGAUAUUGAGAACCUUCCAUGUAUCCAUGCAAUAGUAGCAGCAGGAAAGGCACAGCCCCAAAAUACUGGGGAACUCAUAUAUUCUAUGUGUUCAAAAUACUACACGUCUGAAUAUUGGUUAUUAGCAUAUGCUAAAACUAUUUAUCCUGUUCCUCCAAACUCACAAUGGACCGACAUUCCUGAAGAUGUUAUUGCAGUACAAGUGAUAGCACCUCCUGAAGACAAGACUAAAGGAAGACAAAAAAUCAAUCGCAUACCUUCCCAAGGUGAAGUCCCUAAGAAAAAAUAUAAUUGUGGAGCAUGUGGACAAUCAGGACAUAAUUCAAAAAAAUGUCCUAGUCGACAAGUGCCUUCAGAUGUUAGAAGCACAACUCAUGUGUGA